UUGCAACAGAAAGCUUAUAUCCUGGUAAUCUGCUUGUCAGCUCAGUCCGCCGUCGCUGUCUGCGGACUGAUAAUCACCCUGAGGUCAGUCAUGCGGCCCUAGGCGGCGCAGCGUGCUGAUGUAACUGGACAGCAGAGACCGUCACGCCGGGGAGACCAGGAAGUUUUAUCGGGAGGCUGUCGGUCGGAAAGAGCAAGUCCCAUGCGCUGUGUGUUUGUCAGUAUGACAGGUUUGUGAAUCACGGACAUUGACGAUUACCAUGAGCAGCUCCAGAGGGACGCCCAGUUCCUGUGCUCGGACCAGAGGAUGGAAACUGAACUGGUUGACAGACUGGUGCUGCAGCUGAACAGGAUAUACCCCCAGAUACUCAGUGACAAGGAAGCCCACAUGUUCAGGAACCUGAGCGUGCCCACCAGGGUGCGGCUGCCUGAGCUGUUGAAGCACCUGCAUGGGAAGGGCGAGGAGGCGUGUUAUGAAUUCUACAGAGGACUUCACAUCCACGCUGAGGACGUUUACUCCAGCCUGCCCACCAGAGUCAUACAAAGAGAGGUGGCCAAUCCAAAAUGGACUAACAAUGUGGCGAUCCACCCAGAGCGACAUGUGCUUAAUGACAGAGGACCAAUGUUCUUCCUGAGCUGUUUCAGUUUUGCUGCUGGUAUUGCAAUGCUCUACUAUUAUGGAGAAAUUGAGACACUGAGAAGCACUGGUCUGUUUCUUCACUGCUCUGCAGCAAGAUUUAGUGAAGGUGCUAAAAAUGUUUUCAUUUCCUCUGCUGAGGUUGGAAAGCAGAAGAAAUGAGGCCGUUAAGAUGCUGAAAUGCUUAAGAAGUAACCCUGUGAGAAGAACAAGCUGUGAAAAUUGCCACUUUCCUGUGCCAAACUCACAUACGCUUUGAGAGCUAAAAAUGUCACGCAUUUGUAAGCACUAAUUGACUUUCUUUUUUAUAUCUGAAGCUGACCUUAAUGUGAGUCACUGUGUCUUGAAUUCCCACAGCUAACAUCUAUUUACAUGAAAAAAAUGUAAUGAGUCUGAUCUGGAUUUAUUGUGUGUACAGAACUAAUGAUUCCUAUCAGCUAAAAUGAGUAACUGCAUACCCAAACAGGUGUUUUCAAUCCCUCUAGCUGAUUAGACCUCAGGUUGAACUAGCUGGAGUUAUGCUUGGAAUUACAUGAUUUCACCAAACUCUAUGUGCUAAUAUGAGUGCUAAAGGGUUAAGUUGUCCUGCCAUAACAGGUGCAACUAAACCAACAGAAAAGGGAGGAGGAUGCCAUCAAGCACAGUUUGUACACAUGAGGUCUAUUUAGGCAACAUAAGUGAAAACACCUGUGUUAGUAGCUUGAAUCUGCUGUGCAUGAAUAACAUAUACUGCACUACAGUUUCUCAUAGACAUAUAUUUCCACCCACUCACCCACUUUCAGUGCCUUCUAAUACAGUAGCCUAACAAAGAGACUGUUAAAAAGUCUACUGACUAAAGCAUUAAAUACCAAAAUCACACGAUGGUAGGUUUGCGUCUGGCACUGUGAACAUGAAAUGGAGAUAACACGAUAAAACAUUUAUUUCACUAAAUACACUAGAGGGCAGUGCUUCCUCAUUCAGUGCACUAAAGUGGGAAACAUGAUGAUGGAAAAUGUUUUGGUGUGCUAUAGCAAUGACAAACUAGAGCAACAGACAGCCACAUUAAUUAAUAAUGACAAUCAAACUUAUUGAUUGAAUAGAGUCAACUUAAUUAAAUGCUACAUUAAACGCUGUUGACUGCUAAAGAAAGACUUGUGUGCAGGCCGAAUGCAUCUCAUACUCACUUGAAGCCCUUUCAAGUAUUUCUUAUAAUGAUGAAUCAGUAGGACAAUGGCCACAUUAAUGAUGGUUUACACAGUACUCAGAUAUCUCAGACACAGUACUCAGAUAUCUCAGAUGUCUGAUCUCAGGAGAUUUGCGGCACUGAGCUGGCUUUUCCGCCUCUGUCUUCUCUGCAAAGAGAGAGAGAGAGCAACAAAUGGGAGAGAGGAGGGAGGAGGAGAUGCUACAGGGGGUUGAAAGUGUCACCAGGGUGAUUGUUCAGUUUGAAUACUGGUAUCCACAUUCCCAAGACGGAGCUAUUAAUAGUCCUGCUUCGCACACAACCCCGAUGAUCAUCAGCAUCCUGUGAUGUUGGACCCCCACAGAGCCGCUCAUGUUCAACUUCAGGACUGAGAUGGAGCCAUAGACAUACAUUAUGUAUAUAUAUCAGUCCCCAGAUCUGCUCUGAGUGGAGCUGUGUGUGUCAUCAAUCUGGCUCUCGGCUCGUCUGGCUGUUUCCACGGUUACCAAUGAUAGUUGAGGAGGAAAAGGAUCAGAUUGUGACGUUGGUUUGUCAUCUGAAAAGUGCUUUGUCACAAUCAUGUUGAAGAUCUAGAUAGGAACAUGAAUAUUCUUCAGGUAUUUAGCAGAUGGUUAUGUGAAACUCAAACUGCUUUUAUGUCCUUGUGUUAAACCACUGAAGUGUAUAAAAUGAGCAUUUGCUUGGACUCUAAUUGGGGUUUCAGUGACAUUGAUGAAACACAGUCUAAGGCUUCCAUUUUAACAAGCAGUUCUGCGCUGUGUUGACUCUGACUCACCAUUUGCUGGUCCAGAAAACCACAGUCACACUCCAGCUUUGCUCAGAACACAGAGAGAGUCAUGGCACAACCAAGCAUUGCUAUAAUUGAAUGUUAGGCAUGACGCCUGUGGUUGGGGGCAAAUGUGUUGGUAAGGGUAAAGAGCUGUGGAGGUGGGACGGAGCUUUGAGUCAGAUGAGGCACACCCUGCUUUGCAUACAUUUGUUCAGCAGACCCAUCAAACCACCUGGUCUGAGCUGUCUGGAAAUGAACCGUGACAUCUUGCUUGAACGUCAUCAAUGCAAUUAAAAAUGGAAGCCUGUUCUGCUGUCAGCAUUUGUGUGUGUGUGUGUUUAACUGUGCUUUUGUAUCUGGCCAGUGCACAGGGUCACUCUCGGACAGCAAAGGAGACAGACAGUGUGACCUCACAUGUGCCUGACUGCAGUUGUCUACACUUUCCUGUUUGUCCAGUGAGAACAAAUGUUGUAUUGUUUACGUACCAGACCCCUUUUGUCACUACUGCCGUUUUUCUGUUGUUUGCUGUUUUGUCUUCAUGCAGGACAAUAAUUUUCUGGUAAAUGAACAGUAGUUGGAUUUUGUGAGUUGUUUUCCGUUGGAAAUUUCUCUGAGAGCCUGGAGAGGUCAGUGUGUUUGUUUGUAGGUCAGGUAGGGGAUUGUGAAGUACAGUCAGGGGAGGAGAGGCCCAAAAACAUGCUGACUACAUGGACGUCUAUAGGAGACAACUGCACAGUAAGGCAGGAGAGAAAAUACCUGUUUGUAUAGAGAGAGGGGAGCAGAGAAAGAGGGUGAGCAUAAAGAAUAUAGUGAGCAGCAAAAACAAAGAAUACCUAUGUGUGUGUUCUUGGUUAGUCGCUGCGGUUCGGCCUGUGAACUCCAAAGGCUGUGAUGAAGACGUUGACUACCACUAUGAUAAAAACUGUCCUGUGACCAAGUUUUCCAUAAUGUUCAACCUCCAAUGCUUUUGUUCAUCGUUCAGGUUCCAUCAAACUGCAGACAGAAGCAGGAAAUACAAUUAAACAACACACAAACACACUCGGUGAAUGUCCAAUCAAGCAUCAGCAGUCUACUUGAUUCUGGGACUCAAGCCAACUUAUUAUACACAGAUUUACUGUCAACCAUAAAUCCAUAUAUACUUAAGUCUGGGUUCAGGGAGCUAACAUAUCCAUGAGUGAUCACACACAAAUGCAGAAUAUAAAAUAUUUCAUUUUGUCAAGGGCAUAUGAGGAUAAAGGAAUCUAUGAUUUAUUUUCCCUGUGCAAACUGUUAUUUUUUUAACAGUUUAAUUUAGAUUUCUAGAAAAAACCUGGUUGAUUGUGAAAUUAUUAUUGUUAUUUUUAUACAUACAUCAGUGGGGUCUGUGAGACCCCAAACAGUUAGUAGUGGCAAAGCUAAUGUCAGCAAAAACAAUAAACUCCAUGUACAAUUUAGUACUUACAUGAGUACCAUACAAGUGGAAUAUCAUUUUCAAAAAUGUACUGGGCAUAUAUGGUAUAAAAUCAACAAACUAUCUGAUAAUUGUUUUGUAUGAUUGAUAAAAUAUAGUGUUAUCACUUGUUUACAUGUGGUGUCCUUAAAUCAGUGUAUUUACUUUCAACUUAACAUCCAAAUACUUGUUAUUAUAUGUUAGGCGUCACUCUAUUGCUGUGGAUUCAGCCAUUUAUGACAAAGACAACAAGCUUCUGAUUCAAAGCACACAGAACAAUACAG